AUGGUUCAAUGGAAAAUCCCCAAGCCGGCACUUGCUGACAUCAAGGUUCUACCGGCAGUCAAUAAGGCCAGGAGGAUCUACGACCUCAACAACGUCCCACUCGUCACCGGGCUGUCCCAGAUAAAAUGGCACCUACCGCACUCCAUACACGGUGACCACCGCGGGCGCACGACCAAGGCCCCCAUCGUGAACCACCGAGUCGAAUACCACUACUCCAGGGUUGUCCCCGUCCGCAUCGCCAUCGACCGCAACAACAACCUGUCCGAAUGCCCCAUCGAGUUCGAGGUCCUGCAGGAGUUUGACUCUGGAGGAGUCGCGGGCCACGUCGAGAAGAUUGUGCUGGGCAAGGUGACGUUGAAUUUGGCCGAGUAUGUCGAGGAGAGCGAGGCGAUCGUACGGGAGCUGCGCCCGGGCACGGCAGAGGGCCCGCAGAGCAGGGGCCAUGCGCGGCACAGGAGCUCUCUGAGCGCGCACACGGGAGGCACGAGUCGGAGCAGCCUGGACAGAGACGAGGCCCUGUCCGCCAUGGACGCCGAGGAGGGCGUCGUGAGGAGGUACCUCAUGCAGGAGAGCAAGGUCAACAGCACGCUCAAGAUCGGCAUCUUGAUGGUGCAGAUCGAAGGGGAGCGGAACUACAUCGCGCCGGCGCUCAAGACGGCGCCCGUCUUUGGAGGCAUCGCCGGCAUCAUGGCCGGAGAGCAGGUCGAGCAAGACGACGCAGGCCAGCUCCCCAAUCUCUCCAAGUCCCGCGACGCCUCCGAGGUGCAGGACAUGUACCGCCGCGCCCUGGCCGCCUCGUGGGCCUGCCAGCCGGGCGACAUGCCCGCCGACGAGUGCAUCGAGGACAUCUUUGGCGGCGGCUCCGGCUUCCGCGACCCGCUCUACACCACCGCCGCCGCCGCCACCUCGAGCCCGCGCGGGGCAGCGGCUCCGCCGACCAUGACCACCACCGCCGCCACGGGAGCCUCGUCCUCGGACACGGCGUCCACGGCCUCGUCGUCGCCGCGCAGCAGGGGCCCGCCCCACGGCCGCUCGCGCUCCAACCUGCUCGCCCGCGACGACUCUGGGUCCGACGAGUUCGAAGGCGGCGGUGGGGGAGGAAGCACCCUGCGCCCGCGCGACGCCCGGCUUUUCCAGCAGCGCCAACAGCAACAGCAGCAGGGGCUGCACCACUCGCGCCAGCACAGCGGGGGCAGUCUGCACACCGUCACGCACAGGCCGGCCUCGCGCAGCAGCCAGCAGCGGCCGCCGAGCCGCAGCCGCGACGAGACGUUAUCCGUGCGCGUGCCGUCCGGCGGCCCGGCCAGCAGCAGUGUGACCGGUGGCGGCGGCGGCCGCUCCCUGCGGUCCUCGGAGAGCAUGGCCAGCCUGGCGACGACGCUGGGCAGCGACCGCGGGCGCGAAGGGUUCAAGCGGCCCAGCGAGGUCGGCGAGUUCGAGGUGCGGGACGACCUUGUCGCCUGGCGGUUGCCGGGGGCUGUGUCUUGA